AAGAGCCCAAGAUGGCCGGGUUCCUGGGUUCCGCUUCUGCUCACGGCCCUGCGCCCCAUUCAUUGCCCCUCUGCUGAGCGGCGCCGCGUGGCGUGGGCUAGCCCGAGGCAUCCAGGGGUUGCCCCGCCAGGCGUGACGGCGCCAUGGCGACCCUGGAAAAGCUGAUGAAGGCCUUCGAGUCUCUCAAGUCCUUCCAGCAGCAGCAGGCGCCGCCGCCUCAGCCCCCUCAGCCGCCGCCCCAGGCGCCGUCGCCCCAGGCACAGCCACCCCCGCCUCCGCCGCCGCCUGGCCCGUCGGGGCCCGAGGAGCCGCUGCCCCGACCAAAGAAAGAACUCUCUGCCACCAAGAAAGACCGCGUGAAUCAUUGUCUAACCAUCUGUGAAAAUAUAGUGGCACAGUCUCUCAGAAAUUCUCCAGAAUUUCAGAAGCUCCUGGGCAUCGCCAUGGAACUUUUCCUGCUGUGCAGUGAUGACGCAGAGUCAGAUGUCAGGAUGGUGGCUGACGAAUGCCUCAACAAAGUUAUCAAAGCGUUGAUGGAUUCCAACCUUCCAAGGCUCCAGUUAGAGCUCUACAAGGAAAUCAAGAAGAAUGGCGCCCCUCGAAGUCUGCGUGCUGCCCUGUGGAGGUUUGCUGAGCUGGCUCACCUGGUGCGGCCUCAGAAGUGCAGGCCUUACCUGGUGAACCUUCUGCCAUGCCUGACUCGAACAAGUAAGAGACCUGAGGAAUCUGUCCAGGAGACCUUGGCUGCAGCUGUUCCCAAAAUUAUGGCUUCUUUCGGCAACUUUGCAAAUGACAAUGAAAUUAAGGUUCUGUUGAAGGCAUUCAUAGCGAAUCUGAAGUCGAGCUCUCCUACGGUCCGGCGGACGGCAGCUGGCUCAGCGGUGAGCGUCUGCCAGCACUCCAGGAGGACGCAGUACUUUUACAGCUGGCUGCUCAGUGUGCUGCUAGGUCUGCUGGUUCCGGUGGAGGAAGAACACCCCACGCUCCUGAUCCUUGGGGUGCUGCUCACACUGAGGUAUCUGGUGCCCUUGCUACAGCAGCAGGUCAAGGACACAAGCCUGAAAGGCAGCUUUGGGGUGACACGGAAAGAGAUGGAAGUCUCUCCGUCUGCAGAACAGCUGGUCCAGGUUUAUGAACUGACCUUGUAUCACACACAGCACCAAGACCACAAUGUGGUGACGGGUGCGCUGGAACUCUUGCAGCAGCUCUUCCGCACGCCCCCGCCUGAGCUCUUGCAAGCGCUGACCACUCCAGGAGGCCUGGCUCAGCUCUCCACUGCUCAGGAGGAGGCCCGGGGCCGGAGCCGCAGCGGGAGCAUUGUGGAGCUUCUAGCUGGAGGAGGUUCUUGCAGUCCUGUCCUUUCAAGAAAACAAAAAGGGAAAGUGCUUUUAGGAGAGGAGGAAGCCUUGGAGGAUGACUCCGAAUCGAGGUCAGACACCAGCAGCUCGGCCUUUGCAGCCUCUGUGAAGGGGGAGAUCAGUGGAGAGUUGGCAGCCUCCUCAGGGGUUUCUACUCCUGGGUCCAUGAGUCAUGACAUCAUCACUGAGCAGCCCCGGUCACAGCACACGCUGCAGGCAGACUCUGUGGAUCUGUCUGGCUGUGACCUGACCAGUGCCGCCACUGAUGGGGACGAAGAGGAUAUCUUGAGCCACAGUUCCAGCCAGAUCAGUGCCGUCCCAUCAGACCCUGCUAUGGACCUGAACGAUGGGACCCAGGCCUCCUCACCCAUCAGUGACAGCUCCCAGACCACCACAGAAGGGCCUGAUUCAGCUGUGACCCCUUCUGACAGCUCUGAGAUCGUGUUAGAUGGUGCCGACAGCCACUAUUCAGGCAUGCAGGCUGACCACCCCCCAGAGGAGGACGAGGCUGUGUCAGGUGGCCUUCCUGCCGAGGCUUCCGGGGCUUUCAGGAGCUCUUCCCUGGCCCUUCAACCAGCACAUUUAUUGGAGAGUGUGGGUCACAGCAGGCAGUCUUCCGAGAGCAGUGUAGAUAAGUUUGUAUCAAGAGACGAAGCUGCUGACCCAGGUGAUCAAGAGAACAAGCCUUGCCGGAUCAAAGGUGACAUCGGACAAUCUACUGAUGAUGAUUCUGCUCCUCUGGUCCAUUGUGUCCGCCUUUUAUCUGCUUCGUUUUUGCUAACUGGGGAAAAAAAUGUGCUGGUUCCGGACAGGGACGUGCGGGUCAGUGUGAAGGCCCUAGCCCUUAGCUGCGUUGGGGCAGCUGUGGCCCUGCAUCCAGAGUCUUUCUUCAGCAAACUGUAUAAAGUACCUCUGGACACCAUGGAAUAUCCUGAGGAGCAGUAUAUCUCCGACGUCUUGAACUAUAUCAACCAUGGAGACCCACAGGUCCGAGGAGCUACAGCCAUUCUCUGUGGGACCCUCAUCUCCUCUGUCCUCAGUAGAUCUCGUUUUCAUGUUGGGGACUGGCUGGGCACCAUUAGGACAUUGACAGGAAAUAGGUUUUCUCUAGCGGACUGCAUUCCUCUGCUCCAGAAAACAUUGAAAGAUGAAUCUUCUGUGACGUGCAAGUUGGCUUGUACAGCUGUGAGGCACUGUGCUAUGAGUCUCUGCAGCAGCAGCUACAGUGACCUGGGGCUGCAGCUGCUGGUGGACCUCCUGGCCCUGAGGCACAGCUCCUACUGGCUGGUGAGGACAGAACUCCUGGAGACGCUGGCAGAGGUGGACUUCAGGCUGGUGAGCUUUUUGGAGGCAAAGGCAGAGAGCUUGCACAGAGGUGCUCAUCAUUACACAGGGUUUUUAAAACUGCAAGAGCGAGUGCUUAGUAAUGUUGUCAUCUCCCUGCUGGGGGACGAAGACCCCCGUGUGCGGCACGUUGCUGCGGCGUCAUUGGUGAGGCUUGUCCCAAAGCUGUUUUAUAAGUGUGACCAAGGACAGGCUGAUCCAGUAGUGGCUGUGGCAAGAGACCAGAGCAGUGUUCACCUGAAGCUCCUCAUGCAUGAGACGCAGCCUCCCUCGCACUUCUCGGUCAGCACCAUCACCAGAAUCUAUAGAGGGUAUAGUUUACUACCAAGCAUAACAGAUGUCACCAUGGAAAAUAACCUGUCAAGAGUUAUUGCCACUGUUUCUCAUGAGCUGAUCACGGCCACCACACGUGCACUCACGUUUGGAUGCUGCGAAGCUUUGUGUCUUCUUUCGGCCACCUUUCCAGUUUGUGUGUGGAGCUUAGGCUGGCAUUGUGGAGCACCCCCGCUGAGUAUUCCCACUGAGUCCAGGAAAAGCUGCACCAUUGGGAUGGCCACUGUGAUUCUUACCCUGCUCUCCUCGGCUUGGUUUCCGCUGGACAUCUCUGCCCAUCAAGAUGCCUUGAUCUUGGCAGGCAACUUGCUUGCAGCUAGUGCCCCCAAAUCUCUGCGAAGUUCAUGGAGCUCUGAAGAAGAAGCCAACCCUGUAGCUACCAGACAGGAAGAGGUGUGGCCUGCCCUGGGGGACCGGACCCUGGUGCCCAUGGUGGAGCAGCUCUUUUCCCACCUGCUGAAGGUGAUCAACAUCUGUGCCCAUGUCCUGGAUGACGUGGCUCCUGGACCAGCGAUCAAGGCAGCUUUGCCUUCUCUGACAAACCCCCCUUCACUAAGUCCCAUCCGGCGCAAGGGCAAGGAAAAAGAACCCGGAGAACAAGCUUCUGUGCCACUGAGCCCGAAAAAGGCCAGUGAGGCGAGUGCAGUUUCCCGACAAUCUGAUACCUCAGGGCCAGUCACAACCAGUAAGUCCUCAUCACUGGGGAGUUUCUAUCAUCUUCCCUCAUACCUCAAGUUGCAUGACGUCCUGAAGGCUACUCACGCCAACUACAAGGUCACCUUGGAUCUUCAGAACAGCACUGAAAAGUUUGGGGGGUUCCUGCGCUCAGCCUUGGACGUUCUCUCCCAGAUUCUAGAGCUGGCGACGCUACAGGACAUUGGGAAGUGUGUUGAAGAGAUCCUGGGGUACCUGAAGUCCUGUUUUAGUCGGGAACCGAUGAUGGCUACUCUUUGUGUCCAGCAGCUGUUGAAGACUCUCUUUGGGACAAACCUAGCCUCGCAGUUUGAUGGCUUAUCUUCUAACCCCAGCAAGUCUCAAGGCCGUGCACAGCGCCUUGGCUCUUCCAGUGUGAGACCGGGCCUGUACCACUACUGCUUCAUGGCCCCCUACACCCACUUUACACAGGCACUUGCAGAUGCCAGCCUGAGGAACAUGGUGCAGACGGAGCAGGAACACGAUACCUCAGGAUGGUUUGAUGUGCUCCAGAAAGUGUCCUCCCAGCUCAGGACAAACCUCACAAGUGUCCCUAAGAACCGUGCGGACAAGAGCGCCAUUCACAGCCACAUCCGUUUGUUCGAGCCUCUCGUCAUAAAAGCUCUGAAGCAGUACACGACGACAACCUCUGUGCAGCUGCAGAGGCAGGUGCUGGGCUUGCUGGCGCAGCUCGUUCAGUUGCGCGUGAACUACUGCCUGCUGGACUCAGACCAGGUAUUCAUUGGAUUUGUGCUGAAGCAGUUUGAAUACAUCGAAGUAGGCCAGUUCCGAGAAUCAGAGGCAAUUAUUCCAAACAUCUUUUUCUUCCUGGUAUUACUGUCUUAUGAGCGCUACCAUUCAAAGCAGAUCAUUGGAAUUCCUAAAAUCAUCCAGCUCUGCGAUGGCAUCAUGGCCAGUGGGAGGAAGGCUGUGACCCAUGCAAUCCCAGCUCUGCAGCCUAUAGUCCACGACCUUUUUGUGUUAAGAGGAACAAAUAAAGCUGAUGCAGGGAAGGAGCUUGACACCCAGAAGGAGGUGGUGGUGUCGAUGCUGUUGCGACUCAUCCAGUACCAUCAGGUGUUGGAGAUGUUCAUCCUCGUCCUGCAGCAGUGCCACAAGGAGAACGAGGACAAGUGGAAGCGGCUGUCUCGGCAAGUUGCCGACAUCAUCCUACCCAUGCUUGCCAAGCAGCAGAUGCAUAUUGACUCUCAUGAAGCCCUUGGAGUGCUAAACACUUUGUUUGAGAUUCUGGCGCCUUCCUCCCUCCGUCCAGUGGACAUGCUUUUGCGCAGUAUGUUCGUCACUCCAAGCACACUGGCAUCUGUGAGCACCGUUCAGCUGUGGAUAUCUGGAAUCCUAGCCAUUCUGAGGGUUUUGAUUUCGCAGUCAACUGAAGACAUUGUUCUCUCUCGCAUUCAGGAGCUCUCCUUUUCUCCAUCCUUAAUCUCCUGUUCAGUAAUUAACAGGUUGAGAGAGGGUGACAGUAAUUCAAUGCCAGAAGAACACAGUGAAGGGAGACAAUUGAAGAAUUCACCAGAAGAAACAUUUUCAAGGUUUCUGUUACAGCUGGUUGGGAUCCUUUUAGAGGAGAUUGUCACAAAGCGGCUCAAGGUGGAAAUGAGUGAGCAGCAGCACACCUUCUACUGCCAGGAGCUGGGCACCCUGCUCAUGUGCCUCAUCCACAUCUUCAAGUCUGGGAUGUUUCGGAGGAUCACUGCGGCUGCCACCAGACUCUUCACCAGCGACGCCUCUGAGGGCAGCUUCUAUACACUAGAGAGCCUGAACACACGUGUGCGCUCCAUGGUGCCCACACACCCAGCCCUGGUGCUGCUGUGGUGCCAGAUCCUACUGCUUGUCAACCACACUGACCACCACUGGUGGGCAGAGGUGCAGCAGACGCCCAACAGGAGACACAGUCUGUCGUGCACGAAGUCACUCAGCUCCCACGUGUCCAGCGAGGAAGAGGACUCUGAUUUGACAGCUCAACUUGGAAUGUGCAAUAGAGAAAUUGUGCGAAGAGGAGCCCUCAUUCUCUUCUGUGACUAUGUUUGUCAGAACCUCCACGACUCUGAGCACCUAACAUGGCUCAUCGUGAACCACAUUCAGGAUCUUAUCAGUCUUUCCCACGAGCCUCCGGUGCAAGACUUCAUCAGUGCUGUCCAUCGGAAUUCCGCCGCCAGUGGCCUUUUCAUCCAGGCAAUCCAGUCUCGUUGUGAAAAUCUUUCCACUCCAACCACUCUGAAGAAGACGCUGCAGUGCUUGGAAGGCAUCCACCUCAGCCAGUCAGGCACAGUGCUGACACUGUACGUGGACAGGCUGCUGGGUACCCCUUUCCGUGCACUAGCUCGCAGGGUCGACACCCUGGCCUGUCGCCGGGUAGAAAUGCUGCUGGCUGCAAACUUACAGAGCAGCACAGCACAGUUGCCAGUAGGAGAACUGAACAGAAUCCAGGAGCACCUCCAGAGCAGUGGCCUUGCACGGAGACACCAGAGGCUCUAUUCUCUGCUGGACAGAUUCCGUCUUUCCACUGUGAAAGACUCACUCAGCCCCUUGCCCCCUGUCACCUCCCACCCGCUGGACGGGGAUGGGCACACGUCUCUGGACACAAGUCCAGACAAAGACUGGUACGUCCGCCUUGUCAGGUCACAGUGUUGGACCAGAUCGGACUCUGCGCUGCUGGAAGGUGCAGAGCUGGUGCAUCGCCUCCCUGCUGAGGACAUGCGUGUUUUCAUGAUGAGCUCGGAGUUCAACCUAAGCCUGUUGGCUCCAUGCUUAAGCCUCAGCCUGAGUGAAAUUGCAGCUGGCCAGAAGAGCCCUCUUUUUGAAGCAGCCCGUGGGGUGACUCUGGAUCGUGUGACCAGCUUCGUUCAGCAGCUUCCUGCUGUCCAUCAAGUCUUUCAGCCCUUCCUGCCCACAGAGCCCACAGCCUACUGGAGCAAGUUAAAUGAUCUAUUUGGGGAUGCCACCUUGUACCAGUCCCUUACCACGCUGGCCCGGGCCCUGGCACAGUACCUGGUGGUGGUGUCCAAAGUGCCAGCCCAUUUACACCUUCCUCCUGAAAAGGAAAAAGACACGGUGAAGUUUGUGGUGAUGACCCUGGAGGCCCUGUCGUGGCAUUUGAUCCAUGAGCAGAUCCCACUGAGUCUGGACCUCCAGGCUGGGCUGGACUGCUGCUGCCUGGCCCUGCAGCAGCCGGGUCUCUGGAAUGUGGCCUCCUCCCCUGAGUUCGUGACCCAUGCCUGUUCCCUCAUCCACUCUGUGAGAUUCAUCUUGGAAGCAAUUGCAGUGCGGCCUGGAGACCAGCUUCUCAGUCCAGAAAGUCGGACAAGCACCCUGAGGGCCAUCCAAGAGGAGGAAGUAGAUGUAGACACACACAAUCCCACGUAUAUCACCACGGCUUGUGAAAUGGUGGCAGAGAUGGUGGAGUCACUGCAGUCCGUGCUAGCCUUGGGCCACAAGAGGAACAGCAGCAUGCCCGCGUUUCUCACAGCAGUAUUCAAGAACAUUGUGGUCAGCCUAGCCCGCCUGCCCCUGGUCAACAGUUACACGCGAGUGCCACCCCUGGUGUGGAAACUCGGUUGGUCCCCCAAGCCAGGAGGGGAUUUUGGCACUGUGUUCCCUGAGAUUCCUGUGGAGUUCCUGCAGGAAAAGGAAGUCUUCAAGGAGUUCAUCUACCGCAUCAACACUCUAGGGUGGACCAGUCGUACCCAAUUUGAGGAAACUUGGGCCACCCUUCUUGGAGUCCUCGUGACCCAGCCUCUUGUGAUGGAGCAGGAGGAGAGCCCACCUGAGGAAGACACAGAGAGGACCCAGAUCCACGUACUAGCCGUGCAGGCCAUCACCUCCCUGGUGCUCAGCGCCAUGACUGUGCCCGUUGCUGGCAACCCAGCUGUGAGCUCUCUGGAACAGCAGCCUCGGAACAAGCCCCUCAAAGCUCUUGAUACCAGGUUUGGGAGGAAAUUGAGCAUAAUCAGAGGGAUCGUAGAGCAGGAAAUCCAAGCGAUGGUUUCCAAGCGGGAGAAUAUUGCCACCCAUCACUCAUACCAGGCAUGGGAUCCUGUCCCUUCUCUGUCGCCUGCCACUACAGGUGCCCUCAUCAGUCAUGACAAGCUGCUGCUGCAGACCAACCCUGAGCGGGAACUAGGCAACAUGAGCUACAAGCUGGGCCAGGUGUCCAUUCACUCUGUGUGGCUAGGGAACAACAUCACCCCCCUGAGAGAGGAGGAGUGGGACGAGGAAGAGGAGGAGGAAGCAGAUGUCCCUGCGGCUGCAUCCCCACCCACAUCUCCCAUCAACUCCAGGAAACAUCGGGCUGGAGUCGACAUCCACUCCUGUUCUCAGUUCCUGCUCGAGUUGUACAGCCGCUGGCUCCUCCCCUCCAGCUCAGCCAGAAGGACGCCAGUCAUCCUGAUCAGCGAAGUGGUUCGCUCUCUUCUCAUAGUCUCAGACCUGUUCACUGAGCGCAGCCAAUUUGAGAUGAUGUAUGCGACACUGACGGAGCUGCGGCGGGCACACCCUCCAGAAGAUGAGAUUCUUGUCCAGUACCUGGUGCCAGCCACCUGUAAGGCGGCUGCUGUCCUUGGAAUGGACAAGGCCGUGGCAGAGCCAGUCAGUCGCCUGUUGGAAAGCACCCUCAGAAGCAGUCACCUGCCCAGCCAGAUCGGAGCCCUGCAUGGCAUCCUCUACGUGCUAGAGUGCGACCUCCUGGAUGACACCGCCAAGCAGCUCAUCCCAGUCAUCAGUGACUACCUGCUGUCCAGCCUCAAGGGGGCAGCCCACUGCGUAAACGUGCAUAGCCAGCAGCAUGUGCUGGUGAUGUGUGCCACUGCCUUCUAUCUCAUUGAGAACUAUCCCCUGGAUGUGGGGCCUGAAUUUUCAGCAUCCAUAAUACAGAUGUGUGGGGCGAUGCUCUCUGGCAGCGAGGAGUCCACUCCCUCCAUCAUCUACCACUGCGCCCUCCGAGGCUUGGAGCGCCUCCUCCUCUCUGAGCAGCUCUCCCGGCUGGAUGCAGAGUCCCUGGUCAAGUUGAGCGUGGACAGAGUGAACGUGCACAGUCCACACCGGGCCAUGGCUGCCCUGGGCCUGAUGCUCACCUGCAUGUACACAGGAAAGGAAAAAGCCAGUCCAGGCAGGACUUCAGACCCUAACCCCGCAGCCCCGGACAGCGAGUCUGUUAUUGUUGCCAUGGAGCGGGUGUCUGUUCUCUUCGAUAGGAUCAGGAAGGGCUUCCCCUGUGAAGCCCGAGUGGUGGCAAGGAUCCUGCCACAGUUUCUGGAUGACUUCUUCCCACCCCAGGACGUCAUGAACAAGGUCAUUGGAGAGUUUCUGUCCAACCAGCAGCCAUACCCACAGUUCAUGGCCACCGUCGUAUACAAGGUGUUCCAGACUCUGCACAGUGCUGGACAGUCAUCCAUGGUCCGGGACUGGGUCAUGCUGUCCUUGUCCAACUUCACGCAGAGGACCCCAGUGGCCAUGGCCAUGUGGAGCCUCUCCUGCUUUUUUGUCAGCGCGUCCACCAGCCCCUGGGUGUCAGCCAUCCUUCCACAUGUCAUCAGCCGGAUGGGAAAGCUGGAGCAGGUGGAUGUGAACCUUUUCUGCCUGGUCGCCACAGACUUCUACAGACACCAGAUAGAGGAGGAGCUCGACCGCAGGGCCUUCCAGUCUGUGUUUGAGGUGGUUGCAGCCCCAGGAAGCCCAUACCAUCGACUGCUGACUUGUUUGCGAAGUGUCCACAAGGUCACCGCUUGCUGAGCCUCCGUGUUGGCAGAGGCCUAGGGGAGGCAGCCACUGGGUCCAGGGCUCCUGGGAGUCUGAGCGAGCCCUGCCUCUGCCGGGCUUCUGUUGGCGUCACCGAGUGGUCGAGUUAUGUGCGCGUUUCUGCCCCCAUGACAGAGGCGCUCUUGGCGGCAGCAGGGGAGGACGCACACAGCAGGUGGGGGUUGAACGUGAGUCCUGUGCUCAUGGCCAUGCGCUUGGCAGGUGUUACUCCUCCUGGUGUUCACACAGCAGGAGCCCUUCCUUGCUCUUGCAGGUGGCCCUGGCCUCCUUGGCCACAGAUGCGCCGCCCGUGGGCUGCAGAGCUCACCCUGCGUCUCCCCAGUGGGUUGUGCCUGCUACACCCUUGUCUUGAUGCUGUGGUGCGUGGCAAGUCAGGCUGGGGGUUUUAGGCGCCCAGCGCCAGCCUCCCUUUCUCUGUUUUCUUCUCAGGACUUAAAAUUUAAUUAUAUCAGUAAAGAGAUUAAUUUUAAUGUAAUGCUUCCUAUGCCCGUGUACAGUGUGUGACUUGCAAGGCCUAUGCUGCAUGAGACAGGGUCUGUGGAUGUGGCCAGGCCCUCUGGCUGCCACUCUCCCUCCCAUAGCUGCUUGAACUGGCGGGGCAGGCCCCUCCUGCGAACCCUGCAGUGCACUCUUCCCCUUUCCCUGUGUGCCCCGUGUAAUUGGGAGGGGGAGAGGUGUCAGCUGGGGCCUGGCUCUGAGGACUGAGGCGGGUUCUCUCUUCUGUGCCCACUGCAGAGUCCCUCGUUAGGCACAGACAGGGCUCCGUUCACCUACAGUGGGAAGCUGGCAACCUCCAACACUGGUUCAGCGGCUAGGACUGUGGUCUGCAGGGGACGUGGUCCUAGGUGCACUGUCCCUUUGCCUCAUGUGCACAGUGAACCCUGAUGGGUACCUGGCCUGCACCCCCAAGGUGUCACUCACCUGUGUUUUGUCUGAACUGUGCUCAAGAGCAAAGCGAAGUGUUUUGGUGACUGAAGAUGAACCCCAGCAGCUCUUCAGCCCCUCACACAUGUGCCUCCCUCAGCCUAGAAGAGUGCACAUCUGUCCAUGAGAGCACAGGAAUGAGGCUUGAUCUUGGUCGUACGGAGAUGGGAUGAUGAGGGAGGGCCUGCGGGUAGUCACCUGUGGCCCAGGGACAGCUCUGCUUCUAACCCAGGCCCCAGUCCCUGGACUUGGUUCAGGUUUCCAGGCCAAAGGGCUGCAUGGUAUAAAUGGAAGUGAGCCUGGAAGGCAGGGCUCCCUCGAUGUGCUCCCUGCUGUGGUUUGGAGCUCUGCCAGCUGUGCUGUGCGGCAGGUCCAGUGCUCUGCUGCCCACCCCGAGGGCAGUCCCACUGGCUGCGUGACUGCUGCACUGGUCGGCAGGGUCCUAAAGACAGUGUCUUAGUUGCUGAAGAUGCUGCAGUGUCGUGGUCAGUGGAGAGCACUUGGAGCUGAUUCCAGUCUGCCAAGGAGGAGAGCUCUUUCAGCUUGUAUUGGCUAGCUGUGUGUCAGUCUGCAGUGUCACCUUGAGACCCCAGUCUCCCUCUGUCCUCUACUGCUGUGGGCUGCAGGGCCACCCAUGGGCAGCCCCUUGUGGCUAGCAUGAAGCUUUUCCUGCCAGUCCCAGAAGAGACCUCAGCAAGCCAGGACCAACUCGUCCUGGUAAGCAGCAGCUCAGACAGAAAUGCAUCCAGUUUGGGGAAAGACUAGGGAAACUACUGGAGUUUUAACAAGAAGUUAAAAAGUCACUGAUUUUCCCUUACUGAUUUGGGCCCCUCUAUCUCAUCCAAGCUUUCCCCUAGGAAGCUGGUAAGUGUUUGGGAACUGUGGGAAAAUUCUGCGGCCCCACCCCCAGGUUGUCCCAGCAGCUCUGAGGCAGUUGUGUUGCGGGCCGGACGCUGUUCCAGGCUAGAUGUUUACAUUGUAAGAAGUAACACUGUGAAUGUGAACUCUGGAGCCAUGCCCCUUGGAAUUCUCAUCAUUGGACUCAGCGUAGAGUUUAAUUGGCUGCCUCUUGUUCACCAUGUAAUCUUAGUGUGGGGGCUGGAACCCACCUCUGGCCAUAGGCACCAACCCAAAGAUCUGUGUGCUCCAGAGCACUUAAGUUUCUAAGUAGAGGUCCAUGUGUGUGCGUGUGCAUACCCACACUUGGAUUUAUACACACACACCACGCACGCGCGCACACACAGUUCAAGUCAGACAUGCAAGCCCCCUGAAAAGUCUGGUCUGCCUGGAAGCUGUGUAGUCACCGCCUGACUGGAGCACCUGAGACCUGGACUAGAUGACGAACGGGUCCCUGCUUAGAGAAGCCCCAUGGAGAAAGUGGUCCACCUGGUCACCUCUGCACACAGGAUCGAGACUCCCAUCAAGUUGCUCCAAAGCUGUGGAUUCCCAAAUUUUAUCAGAAAUGUCAUUUUGAUCGAGUUUUGGGGGGAGGCAGGGUAGUAUUUUUGUUUUCUUGCUGGUACUAUCAGGAAAGAUUUUAGUGAAACCAGGGUAAAAAUUAUUUGGCAAUGCACUUAAGCAUGUUUCUUCUCCAAAUUGUGCCUCCCUUGUACUGCUGGCCCCACUGACAUGGAGGUGACUUUCUAGCUGCAAGUGCCCUUUUUCAUGCUCAUGAUUUCUCUGCGUGGACCCGUCAGGAGGAAGAGUGGAGUGGAAACACCCCCGACACCCAGAAUGUGCCCACCAGGGAGCUCUUCCCACGAAGCCACAGUGUCCCGGCCGAGAGCUCGCCCUGUGGGUGGGUCACACAGCAAUAACUGCAUGUCUCUUGCUGCCGAGCACUGUGGGGCUGGCAUGGGGUUGGCUCCGUGUGCUUGUAAGGUAGAAUUAGUUCCUCUAGCUGCCUGCAAGCACCCGUCUCCAUCAGCCUCCUCCCUGGGUUGGUCCCUCCCUCUCUGCACUGGGUACAGGGGCCAGAGCUGGGUGUACGUGUAGGCUGGGCAAACUCCGUGUCCGCUGGAGUGAUGUGUGGGAGCAGGAGGGCCUGGAUCGCUGCUGAGGCCAGGUGGGGCGCUUAGCGUGGCGCAGGGUGAAAGGACCGUCCCCUGUCGGGACGGAGGGGCUCAGCCUGGCCUCCACGCGAGGUGCCCGGAAGGCUCGGUUCCAACAUCCCUGUGUGCCUGUCGUGUUAAUGCCAUUUCUGAAGGCCUGCCCCAAGUGUUUCAGGGAGCAGACCUUCUACUGCACAUGGUGGAUAGGUCAUGGGCCGCAGAAAUCUGCCUGCGGGUGCGGCCCUAACCCAGGGGCCUUCGUAGGGGCUGUAAGCAAGCAGGCUGUGGGCUGUGGCUGUGAUGGGCGUGUCCCGGAGCCCCACCCAGCCCUGACUGUACUUCCAAGAGGAAGGACUGGCAUAAGAUGUAUAUUUAAAUUUUUUAAACUGCUGCAGAUGUUGUAUAUUCAAAUUAAAGGAAUGAUCAAACCACC